AUGGUGCUCGUGUCUAGGGCUGUAAACGAACCAAAUGUUCGGCAAAUAGUUUGUGAACUGUUCAACGAGAAAACACCAUCAACCUUUGACACAUCUCUCAUUCUCUCCACCAUGGCCCAAAUUUUCCAAAACCAAAAGCAUACCAUUAUCACCAUUCUCUUAUUCACACUUGUUAUUCAAGCACAAUAUUCUCAUCAAUUUUCAAAAAAGUUAUCACCAAAAUCACUUGGUUUAAAGAAACAAAAACUCACACACCUACACUUCUACUACCAUGAUAUACGAACCACUAGUCCGCCUCACGUCGUCCAGGUGGCUGAGGCCGCUACAACCAACACUUCCAAAACCGGGUUUGGAGGGGUGUCAGUGCUCGAUGGCCCAUUGACGGUGGGUCCAGAACUAACCUCAAAGAUUGUGGGAAGAGCACAAGGGAUGACUGCGUCCGCUGAUUUAAAUGACUUUGGGUUUUUAUUUAUCAUAAAUUACAUUUUUACGGACAGUAAAUACAAUGGUAGCACUUUGAGUGUCUUAGGGAGGAAUCAAGUGUUGUUCCCGGUGAGAGAGAUGCCAAUUGUUGGAGGGAGUGGGGUUUUUCGAUUUGCUCGUGGUUAUGUGCUUACAAAUACUCGGUUUUUCAACGUAAGUAGCGGUGAUGGAGCAUUUGAGUACAAUGUUUAUGUCCUUCACUAUUGAUUAUCGUCUUUGAAUGGAGUUUGAAGGUUUAAACAAACUUACAUCUAUUGCUUGUUUAUCAUGAAGUUAUUUGCUUUUAUUGGUUAUUGCUUGUUUAUCAAGCAAAAAUAUGUGUGUUACAAAGGAAUAGUUGUUAUCUAGUAUGUGAUAUUAUUUGUUAUUAAGAUGUUUGUUUUACUAUU